GACCGGUGAAUUGUGGCAAGUUGUACUAAGCUUUUCAAACGCUCUCGAGCUAAUCGAUCCUGGUUGAUCCCGGUGCAAGAACGACUAUCUUGGCUGGACGCUCCAGGAUUAUUUUCUCAAUCUCGAACGGCGCUGGUUACGUUGAAGGAGGGAACGUGAUAUGGAAUCCGCGAUCGGGAAUCUCGAGGAAAGCGUGCAGAAAGCCGACGGGAAGCUGGACAUGAUCGCGUGGCAGAUAGACGAAUUCGAGAAGGCCUUUGAGGAGCCAGAAGACGAGAUAUCUGUGCUUCGCCUAUUACACUCUGUCCAUCAGGUUACGAAAGAUUAUCAAAAUCUUCGUCAAGAAAUUUUGGAGGUUCAGCAGUUACAAAAACAGCUUUCUGAUUCACUUAGAGCUCAGCUUACGCAGGUGCACGGACACUUUAAUUUAUUGCGCAAUAAAAUUGUAGGACACAAAUCACCGCAGCUAAAAUAAGAGUGAAAUUCGUUAUAUGUUUCCGAUAUACUUUUAUUUUUACUUGUUAACAAGAGAGUGCACAUAUUUUUUACGAGAUGUGAAUUGAAGUUUAAGCAUCACGUCCAGUGAGAAUUAUGUUCACUUUUUGUUAUAUUCUUAAUACUUACCAUAUAGCAAAUUGCGAAGAACGGUGCGGCCCACAAUUCGGAAACAAAGAUUUG